CCAAACUCCACAAAAUAGCUAAUCCACCUUCCCACAGAAUUAGUUUGUGGAGUUUGGGUAAGCUCAACCGGUUUAGGUGGAGAAUAAAGAAAAUGCGUCCUAGGUCUUCGUUUCUUAGGUUCUAAUUUGAAAACUUAAGCUUUAUGUUUGUAAAUAUACAAAUGCUUUCACAUUGGCAUGCAUAUAGAAACAAUUCAUUAUCUCGAGCUCACGUGAAAAAUCACGCAGUGAAAGUAGGAGUCGCCAAAAGAAGAUGGCAUUGAAUGCAUGCAAGACUUGCUGCGCUGAGGAGCUGCAUUGUAGGAAUAUUCUCCUUAAGCAUCCCAACUCUACGCCUUUCGUCAUAUCUGCGUGGCCUGUGAAGCACGUUGUGUUCGUGACCUAUCGUGUGGUAGUUGCUCUGUUCUGCAUUGCAUACAUCAUCCGAACAGGCUUCUACCAUACUAAGAACAGUAACGAAGACAGCACGAAAUGGUUCAUCUAUCUGACCGACUGGGGAUUUGCACUACUCACGCUACAUUUUCUAUGGUCUGCAGGAACAGCUGUGCACCAUGCAAUAACUGCUAAGUCUUCCACCGUUCCCCAACGACAACAUUACAGCGCGAACGUGCCAAUGCGUUGGUUUCAUGGAGUCGGGUGGUUUCUGUUCAAUGGAGCCGUCAACUUAUCCCUACUAGUUACUAUUCUGUUCUGGGUUCUUCUCUAUCCGAGCUCUGGAGGAAACACAAACAGCGUUAACUCGACCAGCAACAACAGUUCAGGGUCUGCAGGCUUCAGUCAGGACGCUGGACAAGACGUGGAAGUGAAUAUAGUUAUGCACACAAUAAAUUCUGUUCUCAGUCUCGCAGAUGUCUUCUUCUCAGCUACGCCGAUCAGAAUUCUACACGGGGUAUACACCAUGGUUAUUGCAUCUGUUUAUGCAGUAUUCACCAUUAUCUACUGGGCUGCGGGAGGAACAAACACAUACAACGGUCAACGUUACAUAUACCCAGUUCUUGACUAUAGUAACAAGCCGAACAAGGCAACGUUGAACAUUGUUUUGAGCGUCUUUGUUGCUUUGCCUCUCGUACAGUUAUUUACCUACGGCUGCUUUCGAUUGAGAGACUACCUAACAAAGAGAUGCAACUCACAAAAGUACUGUCUCCCAACAUCAAGCAGUGACGGUAUAGAUCAACUUGAGGACUUGAUAUCAUCAAAGAUUUAGCAAACACUAAAAGUCCUGACAUAACAUCGUCAUGACAUUACGCAUAUGAUUUGUAGACGGUUUGUUGUAGUUAGGAAUUAGAUACCAUAAAUUGCUCGUGUUGCUGCACAUCGAAUUAUAAAACUACAAGACCUGAUCAAUCAUCA